AUGUCCGGUGAUGAAGACCCCUCGCCCGUCCCCUCGCCAAAGCAACCGCCCAAGGUACGCCACGCAGGUCGCGUGCGGUCGCCGGUGGCACGCAGCACUCAUCUAGCUUCCUCCACAACCCAGGUGGUCAAGGCUUUUGCUGCCAACGAACCUACAGGAGCUAACGCUGGCAUCGAAUCCGACUGGGAUUCUCCUGAUGAAGGGGCAGAAACCAAGUCUGUCCCAAAAACUGCACCGCCCGCCUCCUCGCCCUUGGCCCAGCGCAAAACAACUGUGGGAGCUCCAUCGGGAUCCCAAACACCCCCCAAAACGGCGCCAUCCGAGCACACGAUCCCCAGCAAUGCUUCCAAGCCGACGGCAAAGCCCAUGCACCAACCUGAUCUAGAAGCCAAUGUGUCUGCCCGUGCGACCGCUUUUGCUUCGCCAGUCCCGAUGGCCCCACCUACCACGCAAGGCCUGGCCAAAGUCGACAGGGACCAUGCUAUCAACGACGAUGAAGACGAGGAUGAGGAUGAGGAUGAGGAUGAUCAAGACGAGCACUUGGCUAAUCCAAACCAACAGCCACCAGUGCAACCAACGAAAUCUCGCGUUGCCAAGCGCAGUUCCCGCUCGCGCCGAGAUAAAGAAAAGACUUCCAAGAAGGAUAGGAGCAAGCCUAAGAAACGAGACCAAGCUGCUGACAUUGCAACAACAACAGAGCGAUCGGCAUCUUCACGGCUCUUCGGACGACGCCAGCCAGCCAGCACGACACCGCUUUCCAUGGAGACGCAACACACGGUAACGUCUGAAGUUGGCCACACGCCAAGCUCUACCCCAACCUUUGAGCCCACCGAGAAGCUGGUACCAGUGACUGCAGCGGGCACGCCCCCCGUGGCUUCUGGGCCUGGAGGCGCCCCAGCACCCAUCACUGCCGCUGAAAGCCUGGGAUCCCGGAAUGCUACAUCCUCGUGGCAUGCACCUGGGCUGCCAUCCGCUCACAGCUGGACUUCAGGUCGGCCCGCAGACCAAGCCUCCACUCACCAUUUUGAUUAUGCCGGAGGCGAUCUGCCAUGGAGCGCCGAGGAGAGCGCUUGUGGUGGGAACGUGGCCAAGAUGCCCAAGGAAACGUUUGUGUUCAACUAUGACCGCGAUGGAUACCAUGCGCGCGGCUACAACGGUAGUCACGGCAUUGACCAUUGUGCUAUUACUGUUGAAAAGGAGUCGCGGCAAGUGUUUGCCGCGGUUUUCGCGGUCCUCAAGGCGGGCAUCAACAUCUUUCUGGCCCUCCUAUUUGAGCUUGUGGGCCUGCUGCUGCAUAUUGUCCGCAAGGUGAUUAUCGAACUAUUGGCGUUGGUAGGGGACAUUAUCUUCAAACCCCUGCUACAUGCCCUCUUCCAUGGCUUUAUCCACCCGGCGCUGGUCCUGGUUUGUGCCCGCACGCUUGUAAGUCUGAGCCGCAGACGCGCUCCUCAUCACCUGCCCACUGUUCGCAGAGCCUUUCGUCUGGUGGAAUGGAAGACCGAGCUCACCCCACAUCGUGAAGCUAUGGAAGCAUGA